AAACAAUUUUGUCGGCGACAAACGUUAUUAAUCAUGUUCAAAACACAGGGUAAUCCCCAAUUAAUACCUUUAUUAAUCAAAAAUUCCCCUUCGCCCCAACUUCCCUUUUCUUCUUCUAAUCCUAUACCGUCCUCGCCUGCUCCCGCUCUCUCGCUCGCUCAUUCCUUCCUUUUCUUCCUCUCCCUCGCCGAUUCCGCCGCUGUUUCCCCCAUCUCCGGUGGUGUUUUGGAGUUUGCAUCUCGUUUUCUUUUCUUUUUGGUCAUUGUCGUCUCUGGCUUUGACCAAUGAGGAGGAUGCUAGUGGCAUUGCUGUUGUUGUUGCUACAAUUGAGCAAUGCUACGAAGAUAGUCGGUGAAGAGCUCGAGCUCGUCGGACAGUGCGAUUCUAAACCAACAUUAGAUCCAAGACCACACAGUGUGUCGAUCUUGGAGUUUGGCGCGGUUGGAGAUGGAAAAACUCUCAAUACCAUUGCUUUCCAAAAUGCCAUUUUCUAUCUCAAAUCCUUUGCUGAUAAGGGUGGAGCUCAGCUUUAUGUUCCACCUGGGAAAUGGCUCACUGGAAGCAUUAAUCUUACUAGCCACCUGACCCUGUUCUUGGAAAAAGGUGCUGUGAUUCUUGGCUCUCAGAAUCCUUCCCAUUGGGAGCUUGUCAAUCCUUUACCUUCAUAUGGUAGAGGUAUCGAAGUUCCCGGGAAACGAUAUCGGAGCUUGAUAAAUGGUUACAAUUUACAAGAUGUUGUGAUAACAGGUGAUGAUGGGGUCAUUGAUGGACAGGGUUUAGUUUGGUGGAAUUGGUUCAGCUCUCAUUCCUUAAACUACAGCCGCCCUCACCUUGUCGAAUUCGAGGAUUCUAAAUAUAUCGUUGUUUCAAACCUCACUUUUUUGAAUACUCCUGCAUAUAACAUUCAUCCAGUCUAUUGCAGUAACGUCUAUAUUUACAACAUCUCUGUCUCUGCACCUUCGGAAUCUCCCCACACGGUCGGAAUAGUCCCAGAUUCCUCUGAUCAUGUAUGCAUUGAGGGCAGCAACAUCGCCACAGGAUAUGAUGCCAUUGCCUUGAAGAGUGGUUGGGAUCAGUAUGGUAUCGCCUAUGGCAGACCAUCUAAAAACAUACACAUUAGAAGGGUCCACCUUCAGUCCUCUUCAGGUUCUUCCAUUGCCUUUGGUAGUGAGAUGUCUGGUGGAAUCUCUAAUGUUCUUGUGGAGCAUGUGCAACUCCACAACUCAUCCACUGCCAUUCAAUUUCGAACCACCAAGGGACGAGGAGGUUACAUUAAAGGAAUAGUCGUUUCCGACGUUGAAAUGGAAAACAUAUCCACGGCGUUCAGUGCCUCUGGUCACUUCGGGUUACACCCGGACGAUGAGUUCGAUCCUAACGCUCUUCCAAUCGUGCAGGACAUAACCUUGCAGAAUGUGAGAGGCUCAAACAUUAAAAUUGCUGGAAACUUUUCUGGGAUUCCGGAAUCUCCCUUCACUUCAAUCUAUUUAUCCAAUAUUACAUUCUUAAUCAGUUCAUCUUCUUCGAGUUCUUGGAUCUGUUCAGACGUUUCUGGCUUUUCGGACUCUGUAAUCCCACCGCCCUGUUCUGAUCUCAGUCAUCCAUAUUCAAUUUCUUCCUCAGCUGCUUCUCCUCUUCUGAAUUCAGCUCGAAAAACUGCUGUUUUGUGAAAAAACCCUUUCGAUCCAUGGUUCAACAAUUAUAUAUUUCAAAACUUUCAACCAUUUCCUUUUCCAAGUCGAGCCAGAUUCUUUCAAAUAAAAAACCACAUGUUGCAGUCUGCUGAUUUAUUUGUACAGAGUUCAAUUUCUUCAUUCACGUGUAAGGAAAUUUUUGGUAGUGAUUUUACAGGUCGUUCGGUAUCGUUCGUGUUGCUUCUUUAAAUUAUUAUUCCCCCAUUAAGAGCUUGGUGCAUUUGUAAGUUCACUGUAAAUUGUUCAUUUGUUGUGAAGGGCUGAAAGGAUAAUACUCUAGUUGAUGUGAAAAGCAAUUCAUGUGGAGCCAAGUGAUUGGAAUAAAGGGAUCUUGGUAACACUCUGCUGCUUGUUUAAGUAAAUUAAGUUGUCUGUCUUUCACUGUUCUUCA